ACUUGUAUGUCUAUUAUGAUAUCUUUAAAAUGAAACGGAAUUUUUCAGUAAAAUAUCUAAAUUCCUCCAUUGCUACUACGACUACUAUUGAUAUCAGCACCACCACCACCAUGACUACUACUACUACUACAGCUAUCAGUACCACCACCACCACUAUAACUAAGACAACUACCAUCACUACUACUACUACUGCGAUCGCAACUACUCCGACCACUACCGUGCUUUUUGCAUUCUCUGCUCCUCUCCCUCCUACUCUACCUUUCUGUAUAUGCAUUUUUUUUCUCUCUCCCUCCAAAACUUUCUCCUCGCUGCGUUUCUCACUCUUUCUUGUUAUCCUUCCUUUUCUCUUUCUCUCUCUCCACUCACUCCUCACUCUCCCUCACUUCUAUAAUUGCUGCCGCAGUGAGCGCUAACGUCCUUACAGCUGCACUCUCUCCCACUGAAUAACAACUCACACAAAUUGCUUACUCUACUUAACCUUAAUUCACCUCACUAUUGCGGAUGUGUUUAGCUAGUGUUCUCUAAACACCAGGAUUUAUUAUAUAUAUAUAUACAUUCACACAUCUAGCUAUAUAAUAUAUAUUUCUGCUGUCACGUCAGUAGAAAACUGAACUAGAUUUCAUUGAUUGACACCACCUAAAAAAACACACUUCUUUCUUAAAGAAAGCUUCAAGCUAUAUAAUUAAUUAUAUAAGUUAACACUUACAACUAUUAGGAUGUAUUAAUUAAAAUGAGAGAGUGGGUGUCGAUCAGUUAAUCAGUUACUUAGCAACGUAAAACUCACAGAACACAAAGGUAUAUUAAUAACACUGAUAGGUGUUAUAUUUCGGAGACACGUACAUAUAUAUACAAUAAAUUAUAUAUCGUAAGGAAAAAAGUGGUGUAUACGUGUAUAAAGUUAAGAAGUUUGUGUUUCAAAUUGUUAUUUUUAAAAUUUAGUUUCAAUUUUCUCUCCGUUUCCCAUUUACAAUGAGCGACGAGUACAAGAAUAGUGACUGUUAUAUCAUUAGAGGGGGUCAUGUUUUGUGCUUCGACGAUAUAAGUUGUCGCCAAGACACACUGGGUGUCGGGCAAGGUAGCUAUGUUACCACUUCUAAAAUAGCAGGAACGGAGAGAUGCGAUGGAGCUGUUAGCGCCGAUGUAGUGCUUGCAGGUGCAAAAAUAGCAGCCAUCGUGGUCAAAGAUCCCACAGUGGGUGGUGGUGAAUCUGCCCACCACCAACUAGAUUACCUGUCAUCUGAGCCUGCAAAGUUUUCAGAAGGUGGGAAUAGUGUUACAAGUAGCAGCGAAGGGCUGGUUAGUAAUCCUCCCCAGACACAUACACAUCUUUCAGCUCACGGUCCUAACAGUUAUCCCCUUGCAUUCAGCUCCCCAACACCUUUUAACGGAAAGGUUUUCGAUGCGUCGGGAUGCUAUGUCGUUCCUGGUUUGAUAGACUGUCAUGUCCAUGCUUAUCAGUAUGCCACACCGCUGGGAAUAGAUGUGGAUGAAUUUUGUCUCAGAAGAGGGGUAACAACCGCUGUAGAUGCAGGAAGCGCAGGAGCUGCAACCUUUGCCGGAUUACGGAAAUAUGUGGCUGAACAACGAAUCACACGUGUUUUAAGCUUCAUCCAUAUUGCUGCACAGGGACUGGCUGCGUCCGGAUGCGCGGGUGGUGCUCCAGGCGGCGAAUGUGACUCCUUGAACGUGGUCGACGUAGAUGGAUGCGUUUCGUGCAUUCGGAAGAACCGUGACAUGGUAGUCGGAGUUAAAGUCCGCUUGAGCUCCACUGUGGCCGACGAUGGACGGAACGAAGAAGAAAUAUAUCGGAGAGCACUAGAUGCAUCAAAUCAGGUUGCUGUACCUCUGAUGGUUCACCACACUAUCUCAAGUAUCCCCGUUGUUGGUUCAGAUAACAAACUCAGCUGCCCCGGGGAUUUACGUUGCGGAGAUAUUUACACGCACACCUAUCACGGUCUACCCAGUACCAUCAUUGAUGAAAAAUCUGGCAACAUUCAUUCUACGCUGUGGGAUGCCAGGAAACGUGGCGUAUUCUUUGAUGUUGGUCACGGAGAAGGUUCGUUUACUUGGACUGUAGCUGAAAUAUGCGCCCAGAACGGUUUUUGGCCCGACAUUAUAAGCACCGACCUCCACAGCGGAAACACUGACGGACCUGCUUAUGAUUUGGUCACUGUUAUGUCCAAGUUUCUUCACCUGGGUAUGAGUAUAGCCGAUAUUGUAAAGGCUGUUACUGAAACUCCAGCUCGUGCCAUUCAGAAAUCGGAAGAUAUUGGGAAGUUAGCGAUUGGGCGAGAGGCUGAUGUGACUGUGCUGAGAAUCGAAGAGUGUGAUGUAACCAUGGAAGACAGCUAUGGACAACAGAGACGCAUCCGACAGAGAAUCAUUCCGGUGGCGGUUUUCAGGGCAGGAAAACUAUACGAGGUUCGAACUCCCGAUGUCUGGCCAAAUAUUGAGAAGGCUAAAUUGCUGUCAGCUGGAUGGAACGAGCUUGUCAUAAAGGACAAAGAAAAACCCCAUUUUUAGUUUAUCACUUGCGAUUAUUGCAUUGUUAUUGUCUCUCUCACUCUGUCUAUGUAUAUAUGUAUGUAUGUAUGUAUGUAUGUAUACACAUAUAUAUAUAUAUAUAUAAAAGGCGACUCCAGGUCAUCAGCUUCAAUUGGGCUUAUCACAGAUUUCGCAUAAGACACAUGCCUGCUCAAAGAAUUUCACGUUUUCCCACAUUAUUUCUAACCCCAAAUGGCUUUUUAAAAAAUAUCUAGCACUAUGUCUUUCUCCAUUUCUAAGUUCAGGGUAAAAAUAAAGCCACCCUGCAAAACACAACUCAUCUUUACACAUAAAUGCGCAAAAUAACAGCAAACAAAUAACAACAGUGGAGCGCACAACCAACAUCAAC